CUGUGAUGAAGUGACGUGAACAUAGUUUUUCUCAAUUGCACGUAGGUUUCGCUAUAAUGCUAGUCACAAUGUAGUGAUGUAUAAGAUUAUGUUGCCGUCGCAUACAGCUCAUUGAUCGAGUAAAAUGUUGUGUCUGAAAUGUGUUUUGUCGUUUUGGACUCUCUGUCAAGUCAUCAAACAAGCCCACCCAGCUGAUUCCUGCAGCCCUGUAGUCCAGAUAAAACCACAGGCAGGAUUCCUGAUGGUCAACAUUGGGAAAAACUGUCUCUGGGAUGAACAUGGGGACCAUUGUCAUUACGUGGUCAACUACGGUAGAGAGGGGGAGAAGCUCGAAGAGUAUGUCUCCAAAUCCCCUGAGACCCUCCGAGGUCUGGAGAUUGGGGGGAGGUACUGUGUACAGGUCCGCUAUGUCUGUUACCACAAGCCCUUUGGAACCUCUAGCUCCCUACAGUGUGUAUCCAUCCCAGAGUCAAAAAGGACAAGGCAUACCAGGAUUGUGGCUAUCAGUGUGACCCUUACCAUGCUGUUGGGAUUCUUGGUAGUGGGCCUUGCGUUCAUCUACAGGCACCAUAAGAAAUUUAAACAGUUCCUUCGACCCCCACUACAGCUACCAGACCACUAUCGUGAGUACCUCUCAGGGGACUUCCCCCAGCAGGCCCUGUCCAUCACAAGAACCAGGACCUAUGAAGAAAUCCAUGAUCUCAUCUCCAUCGUCUGCUGUGAAGAGGACCAGUCUGACAGAGAACAGGACUAACUCGCCUACUGAGCUGGAGUCAUCCUCUGGCCCUGUAGAUCAUUACCAAUGAUCCAUUGAUCCUGUGACUUCAGACAAGACAUGAGCCUUUCACACUCACUGGGAUUUUAGAUGAACUGUAGUUGGCCUAUGACUGUUUACACUCCGAAGCCCUUGCUUGCAUCAGCUACAAACUAUUUUACAAGAAUCUGGUAACUUCUCUAGGCAUGUUAGUAUGCUCUGCUGCAGAGGACAGGGACAGGUGCGUAUGGCUCACUAAUUAGACCUACCCAGUAAUGAUUCCUUUGAUAAUGUGUCAUCAGGUCAUCCAGCUUAAGACAGAACCUUGGGCCAGGACUUUCAUUUAACAUUUUUGGAUGUUUGGUAAUGGGAUUACUAUGUUCAACUGUGUAUAUCACACUAUUUCUUCAGUUUUCUUUACUGAACAUAUUAGACAAGUACGAGUAGCAAGGUUAAGGCACAUAUUGUAAUUUACUAAUCAAUGAAAUUAGUUUGAGGUAUACAUGGUCAAAAGUUGGCUGAGGGGCUGUAUUAAAAUGUGAAAACAGACAUAAGUCUCAAGAACUUGUCCUAUCUAUGAUUGCACUUUAUAUGAAAAUUUACCUCUAGCAAU